GGAAGCUCUGAUGUUUCCCUUCUCUGCUGAUCAUUUACAAUCUGACAACACUUCCAAUCCGCUCAGAACAACUCCUCUGUCCAGCAGUGUCACCUCCCGCCUUAGGACCAUCGAGCUCUGCCGCCUGCAGGAUCCCACUGUAAGCUUUCCCUCCUCCCCACCUUGCCUGGCUCUAAAUCUCUGCUGCAAAACCACAGAAAAUCAAAUUCACCCUGUGACUAUCUCACCAAGAGCUUCCUCUCGAGCUGUGCUAGGUCAUGACCCCUGACUUUAAGAAAUUCUUCAGAACAAUGUCGAAUAUGGUCCAAGAGAAAAUGUGAUUUGAGUCUGGAGACAAUCGUGCAUAUCACCUAAUCAUAAAAACGCAGGAUAGCUAAGAGAAGAGAAAACCAUAUCCAGAAGAUUGCUCUAACAAACAAGGAAACUGCCUCUAGUUUGACUUAUAGAUAUUUUAUUUGGGCUCUAAUGAUGGAGAGAAAUUGUAUCCUCUAUUUUUUGUUUCGGUUGCCUUUUUUAAUGAUCCUUGUCACAGCUGAACACCCUAACGACACGUUGCACUUGGGGGUGACUAGAAAUAAAAUCAUGACUGCUCAGUACGAGUGUUAUCAAAAAAUUAUGCAAGACCCCAUUCAACAAACAGAAGGCAUUUUCUGCAACAGGACAUGGGACGGGUGGCUGUGCUGGAGUGAUGUCGCCGCGGGGACCGAGUCCAUGCAGCACUGUCCUGACUACUUUCAAGACUUUGAUCCCUCAGAGAAAGUUACAAAGAUCUGUGACCAAGAUGGCAACUGGUUUAGACAUCCAGAAAGCAACAGAACGUGGACAAACUACACCCAGUGCAACAUUAACACCCCCGACAAAGUUAAGACUGCACUGAAUUUGUUUUACCUGACUAUAAUUGGCCAUGGAUUAUCUAUCGCAUCGCUGGUUAUCUCACUUGGCAUAUUCUUUUACUUCAAGAGCCUAAGCUGCCAAAGGAUUACGUUGCACAAAAAUCUGUUUUUCUCUUUCAUUUGUAACUCCACUGUGACAAUCAUUCACCUCACCGCAGUCGCCAACAACCAGGCCUUGGUAGCCACAAAUCCCGUGAGCUGUAAAGUGUCCCAGUUCAUCCAUCUGUACCUGCUGGGCUGUAACUACUUCUGGAUGCUGUGUGAAGGCAUUUACCUGCACACGCUCAUCGUAGUGGCUGUGUUUGCCGAGAAGCAACGCUUGAUGUGGUAUUAUUUUCUUGGGUGGGGAUUUCCACUCAUCCCUGCCUGUAUACAUGCUAUUGCCAGAAGCUUAUAUUACAAUGACAAUUGCUGGAUUAGUUCUGAUACCCAUCUCCUCUACAUUAUCCAUGGUCCAAUUUGUGCUGCUUUACUGGUGAAUCUCUUUUUCCUAUUAAAUAUUGUGCGUGUUCUCAUCACUAAGUUGAAAGUCACGCACCAGGCCGAGUCCAACCUCUACAUGAAAGCCGUGAGAGCUACCCUCAUCCUGGUUCCACUGCUGGGCAUCGAGUUUGUGCUUCUCCCCUGGCGCCCUGAAGGACGGGUUGCGGAAGAGGUUUACGAUUACAUCAUGCACAUCCUGAUGCACUUCCAGGGUCUUUUGGUCGCUACAAUUUUCUGCUUUUUUAAUGGAGAGGUUCAAGCCAUUCUGCGAAGAAACUGGAAUCAAUACAAAAUCCAGUUUGGAAAUAGCUUUUCCCACUCAGAAGCACUGCGCAGUGCCUCGUACACGGUGUCGACAAUCAGUGACGUUCCGGUUUUCAGUCAUGACUGUCUCAGUGAGCAGUUAAAUGGGAAAAGCAUCCACGACACUGACAGCAUUGUCCUAACCUCAGAAAAGUUAUACAAUUUAGUUACAGAAAAUUAGGGGGAUCCUUCUCUAUUUCGAGCCACCCCUAACUGGAGGACUUGGACCCAUGAUUUUACAGUCAGAAGACUUCAGUAUUACAUGUAUUUCUUGAACACCAUAAAGGAAGACCUCAACUGAAAGGGACAUUUGUGUUAACCGUUUAACAACUAGCUGUAUGUGUGGGGGAAACACUGGGUUAUGUAUGACAGUAAAUACUCCCACAAUGGCUUAUUUCAAAGUCCCAAUUUGACACCACUGGAUAUGGAAUCGGGGAAAGAAAGAGCAUGAUCAACUCCUGUGAGCUUGUGUGUGUUGGCUCCAGCACGUCACUGUGUGAAUUAAUCUGGGAAUACAACCAAAAAGGUUCACACACGCACACACACACACACACACACACACACACACACACAUAUACUGGGUAUGACCCUACUCUUGUUAUAUAAGGAGACCUAUCUUAGGCUUAUAGACACAGAAGGACAUUUUACUUUCGGUUUAUGGGCUGUAAAAAUCAUUAUCCAAUUUUUAUUGGUGCAAUUGAAUCUCAUUUGCCCAGAAAGUACUCCACUCCUUUUUGUAAUGCAUUCUCAAAUGCCUCAAAGAGUUCAUUAUUCUUGUUGAUUUACUCUCAUUUCUGUACAAAAAAAAAAGCAACUGAGCAAAACUGCAAUGAACUCCAUCCUAAUUUCCUGAUGUAUCACAGUUAUGUGCUGAGACAAAUCCAAUUUGCAACUUGGUGAAUGUAUGAGAUGCAAUCCUAUUCUAUAUCAUUAGGUAGAUAUCUUGACUGAUGCUUACAAAACACCUAGUCAGUUACUUUCCUGCCUCACUUCCUACCCAAGUAGGGGGUGGGAGAUCAGUUUCCCUGUGUCUGUAAAUAGAAACUUUUCCCCUUCCAUUUCUACUGUGUAGACAAAUUAAAAAUCAUUUCACAUGAAGGAAAUCAAUGAAGGAUUUUUUUUAAUUACCUUGGGAGUUUGUA